UCAACUUGACAGAGCUAACCUGAUUGCUACUUGGACUGCAGUGGCUCCAGAGCUCUUCUGGGAUGGCUUGGGGGAUGCUCUGAACACCAGAGCACAACGCUCAGAAUCUCUACAAUGGAUAGAGUUUAUGAAAUACCUGAGGAACCAAACACAGAUCCGGGUUCAUCUGUGGAGGAAGAUGUCAUCCGAGGGGCCAACCCCCGCUUUACAUUUCCAUUUAGUAUCCUCUUUUCCACCUUCUUGUACUGUGGGGAGGCUGCAUCUGCCCUGUACAUGGUUAGAGUCUAUCGAAAGAAUAAUGAGACAUUCUGGAUGACAUAUACAUUUUCUUUCUUUAUGUUUUCAUCUAUUAUGGUGCAGAUGACCCUCAUUUUUGUCCACAGAGAUCUAGCCAAAGAUAAGCCACUCUCAUUAUUUAUGCAUCUAAUCCUUUUGGGACCUGUUAUCAGAUGCUUGGAGGCCAUGAUAAAGUACCUCACACUAUGGAAGAAAGAAGGGCAGGAAGAGCCCUAUGUCAGCCUCACCCGCAAGAAAAUGCUAAUAGAUGGCGUGGAGGUGCUGAUAGAGUGGGAGGUGGGCCACUCCAUCCGGACCCUGGCUAUGCAUCGCAAUGCCUACAAACGCAUGUCACAGAUCCAAGCCUUCCUGGGCUCAGUGCCACAGCUGACCUAUCAGCUGUAUGUGUCUCUGAUCUCUGCAGAAGUCCCCCCAAGUAGAGCUGUGCUAAUGAUCUUUUCAUUGAUAUCUGUCACCUACGGGGCUACCCUCUGCAAUAUGUUGGCGAUCCAGAUCAAGUACGAUGACUAUAAGAUCCGCCUUGGUCCGCUAGAAGUCCUUUGCAUCACCAUCUGGAGGACACUGGAGAUUACUUCUCGCCUCAUGAUUCUGGUGCUCUUCUCAGCCACCUUGAAGUUGAAAGCUGUGCCCUUCUUAGUGCUCAACUUCCUGAUCAUUUUCUUUGAGCCUUGGGUUAAGUUCUGGAGAAGUGGUGCCCAGAUGCCUGAUAAUAUUGAGAAAAAUUUCAGCCGGGUUGGCACUUUGGUGGUGCUGAUUUCAGUCACCAUCCUCUAUGCUGGCAUCAAUUUCUCUUGCUGGUCAGCACUGCAGUUGAGGUUAGCAGAUAGUGAUCUUGUUGACAAAGGUCAGAACUGGGGACAUAUGGGUCUACACUAUAGUGUGAGGCUGGUAGAAAAUGUGAUAAUGGUCUUGGUUUUCAAGUUCUUUGGAGUUAAAGUGUUACUGAAUUACUGUCAUUCCCUCAUUGCCUUGCAACUCAUCAUUGCAUAUCUGAUUUCCAUUGUCUUUAUGCUCCUUUUCUUCCAGUAUUUGCAUCCAUUGCGCUCAUUGUUUACCCGUAAUGUAGUGGACUAUCUCCACUGUGUCUGCUGCCACCAGCACCAGCGGGGAAGGGCUGAGAACUCAGAGCCUCCUUUUGAGGCUGAAACAAGACAAAGCAUUGUCUGAUUCUGUCUCUUGGGUAUUGUGGAAUGGGUCAAGGGUUGCCAAGAGGAGUUAUAAAGUGUAGGAUGAGACUUGUGGGUGAAUGAUCAGCCUAACAUUUUCUUGCAAGUCUGUUAGAAGAAAACGUGACCUCCAAGCAGGUUUAAGAUUUA